CAUGGGGUUACCGCGCAUCCUCGACUAAGACCGGCUGAACGACUCGGUGACUCGAAGUUGUACUGGAAUAGAAGAUUGUCAUUUCUAAAGAUAGUUUUCAGAUGAAUUCAUAUCCGAGAAUAAUAUUUUAUUGACAAAAAUGUCAAUGUCACAUAUUGUCAGUGCAAAGAAAAGCAAAAAAUUCAAACCUUGGAAUGAGAGUGAUGAAGAAGACUCUGAGGGCGCUAUGGCAGCAGCUACCUCAAAAACAAGUCAAAAAGGAGCAGAGCCUGAAAAAGCCAAGAAGAAGGGAUUUGUUUUUUCUGAGGUAAAAGGCGAUUUAUUCAAAUGUCCUCAAACAGAUGCUUUGGCCCAUUGUAUCAGUGAAGAUUGCAAGAUGGGGAAAGGUAUCGCGAAAGAAUUUAAAAAGAGAUUUGGCGGAGUGGAUGAGCUCAUCUCACAAGGUAUUAAAACUGGUGGAUGUGGAGUACUUGAAAGAGAUGGUAGAUAUGUAUAUUAUAUGGUUACAAAAGAAAUUUACUCUAAAAGACCGACUUACAAGUCUUUAGAGUCCAGCUUAGAAGUUAUGAAAAAGCACUGCAGAGCUCACAAUGUGAGCGGACUUUCCAUGCCACGGAUAGGGUGUGGAUUAGAUGGAUUGGAGUGGAAGCGCGUAUCUCAAAUGCUACGUGAUUUGUUUAAAGAUACUGAUAUAACAAUCUCAGUUUAUUCAUUUUAGUAAUGAAACCG